CGUUAUCUCGCACGUUCAUAGGCAGAGAGGCGUGUGUCACUAGAAGUGCUGUGUCGUCAUCGCUAUUUCUUUAUUUCAAACUCAAUGUUGAGCACGAAGCUUCAGUGCAACUGUAAAAAAAACAAGAGUUCUUUCAUCUCUAGGACCCUCAACCUGACCUACUGGUAAAUCAAAGAGCGUCGACCCUGUUUACCCUGAAUUUCAUUGGAGCCGUGAGCAGCAGCAGAGCUUUGACACGCACUUUACUUUGCCUGGUUGGUUAGUGUCAAGCUCGUCCACUUCAGCUUCGACCAACAUCGAUCGCCUUUGAUCGCAUCAAACAACCUAAAAAAAGCAACCCCCGGGGAAAUCAAAAGAAAAACAACAAAAGAAAGAAGAAACCACAUCGCACCUCUUACACAAUUUCUUGUACCCAAAACCCAAAGGGCUGGAGGCAUCCAACAGAAGGUUCGCCAAAAACUCACGCCGAGGUUCGUCAAACGAGGUGCUUGUACCGCCGUCACAGCUCAAAAUAUAGUCGGGCUAGUAGCAACCAUGGCUGGGCAUGGCAAUGCUAUUGUCUCGCCGGACGAGAUUACAAAGGCGGAAUUUGAGAAGGCUCGCAGAGAAUACACCGCUCUCAUACAAGUUAUUUCCGAAACUAAAGCCACCAUUACAAGAUUCAAAACCGCGCAAAAGACUCUGGCAGAGCUGGACAAGUGGCGUUAUAGAGCGGUCUUGAAACAGUACGAGGGGCAAUCAAGCCUCAGCUAUGAUGAUGUCCAACAGCUAGUCGAAUGGAAGCUACGCCAUGGCAAGUUCCGGCCCAUGAUACAGAAGUACAUCGAUUCCAACGACCCGGCCGCGGUUGAAUCCUGUAUCAGCGCCGGUCUCGCCAUUUACCACGAGACCAAGGAUGCUUCAGCCGGCAUGGCCGAGAUUGUUAAGCAUGUCAAGGGCAUGGGACCUGCCACGGCCUCGCUGAUGCUGGCCGUCUUUGACCCCAGCAAGGUCAUCUUUUUCAGUGACGAGGCCUACCUGUGGUUAUGUUGUGAUUACACCAACCCGUCCGCGUCCAAGAUCAAGUACACCAUGCGCGAGUAUCAGAAUCUUGACCGCGCCGCCCGCCUGCUGGCCGCGAGGCUAGGCGUACGUGCCGUUGAUGUUGAGCAGGUAGCCUUUGUGCUCAUGCACAAGCAGUACGCAGUCGCCCGAGAAAUGCCCUCCACGCCCGUAUCGUUGACCAUAAUGACCCCAACGCCGCCCCGCAGCAAGCGGACCCCUUCGGACACCGUUUCCAAACUCGAGAUGGACAAAGACGUGGUCUCAAGCGGUAAGGCCGACCUCUCGACUGGCGAGGCUGUUGAUGCCAAUAGGAUUGUAAGUAGAUCCAAGGAUUUGAAGACAAUUGGGCGCACGACUGCCUUCACGAAGAUCACGCUCAGCGGCGGCUGGACUUCGCCUCGGGCCGAAUUUACGGCGCUGAGGCAGCUGUCGGCCAGAUAUGUCAGGCCGGCCGCCGUGACAGGGCUGCUUACUCCUUUGGGGAAACUUGAUGGUUACAAUGCUGAUGAGACUCAGGAUGAAAACGACGUACCCAUGGAGGAGGCGCCCCCAGUUGUGAAUACCAAGCGAGUAGCAGCCGCGGGGAAGCCGUUGGCGCCACCAGACAAGGGAGAAAAGAAGAGGAAAAACGGCAGCAUGGCUCCCGAGGAGCCUACACGGCGUUCCACUCGGCUCAAGAAGGCGUAG